AUGUCGACCAUUUGUAAUAAAAAUUCUGUUAUUAGAAUUUCUCUCGAUGAAGGGCACAAGUUACUUGUUAAAAAUUUUAUUGAUUUGGCGAAUGAAACUUUGGGAGGAAGAAUAAUCGAAGUUUCUGAUGAAUUUUUUGCUGAAGCUCGAAAUUUAUUGAAGCCUACCAAAUCUGUCAGGGAUGCUAGUAAAUAUACCGAACGUGGUGCGUGGUAUGAUGGUUGGGAAACUCGGCGUCACAAUCCACUCUCCCAUGAUUGGGUUAUCGUAAAAUUAGGUUUCAUGGGUAAAAUAGUUGGCUUCGAUAUUGAUACCGCUCAUUUUAACGGUAAUCAUGCGCCGCUUGCAAGCGUUGAAGCAUGCUGUUCCCCUAAAAGUGAUCCCAAACAUGGUGAUGAUACGGAGUGGUUUGAAAUACUCGAGAAGGUUGCUCUCGAUCCGAGUUCUCAACACUAUUUUUCCAUUCGAGAAAGUUCUACAUUUACUCACGUGAGACUUAACAUUUAUCCUGACGGUGGCGUGGCCCGGUUCCGCGUAUACGGUAUUGUAAGUGUACUAUGGCCACAAGAUCCUACUGCUUUGAUCGAUCUUGCUUAUUUAGGCCACGGAGCCAAAGUUGUUGCAUGUAGCAAUCAACAUUACGCUAGAGCUGAAAAUUUAUUGCUGCCAGGUCGUGGUAUUGAUAUGAGUGACGGCUGGGAAACCCGGAGGAGUAGGGAGAAAAAUCAUUCUGAUUGGGUAAUCAUUCAGUUGGGCGCUCCCGGAUUUCUUGAUCAUGUCGAAAUCGAUACCGCUUUUUUCAAAGGAAAUUUUCCUGAAAGUGCUACCUUAGAAGCUUGCUAUUCAGAUCCGGUUGAUGGUGGCUUGAAACGACUACGAAUUUUCGGUCGUAGACAACUACCCUCAUCCACUUCUUUGCAAUCAUUAUCCUUCAAAUCAAUAAUCUCUCCCUCCAUCACUUCUCAAACGUCUCCUGAAAUUCUAAUGGCCCAACCGCUGACUUAUGAAGCAUUUGCUCCAUACGGACAUGUCAUUGAUUCCUUUAAGGAACCAUCUGUUUCUCCGUUUAUGACUUCUAUAACUAAUAAUUUGAGAGUAACGCCCGCAAACCAAGGAACUGCGAGAAAAUAUAAUCACAUUGCACCGGUCAUCAAUUUUAGGGAGACUGACAUUAUCUCAAGUGAUAAGGGCACAGUAGUUCAAUUUGUCGCAAAAGCCCGUCCAAAUUUGAGUUUGUUUAGGUGUUCGCCGAUGAAUCUUCCGAUUUCCAUAAAGAUGUUGGAAAAGCAUUCUUAUUCCAGUCAGGCCUUUAUACCUAUGAAUAAUGGAUCGAAAGCUAAAGGGUAUUUGGUCAUUGUUUGCUUGGGUGAUAAAGAUGGUAAUCCAAAUUUGGAAACGCUACGACCAUUUAUUGCUAAAAAUUGUCAAGGGAUAAGUUAUAAUCCUGGGGUUUGGCAUCACCCUAUGAUCGCUCUUAAAGAAACAACUAAUUUCGUGUGCCUAACUCAUGAAUCCGGAAAUCAAUUACAAGACUGCGAAGAAAUAGAUAUGACGAAUCAUAAUAUCCAAGUCGAUGCACCUUCAGAUUUUUAUAAAGGUGUUGGAGAUUAUAAUGAAAUCGGAAGAAUAGUACAAAGCAUGUUGUAA